AUGACGUUGGAGGCGAACGAAGGGAGGCUGUUCUUCGCGCCAGCCGCGCCCAUCGGUCAUCACCCGCAAGGGAUACUCGACCUAGGCACGGGAACCGGCGUCUGGGUCAUGGAGAUGGCCGACAAGUGUCCCUCGGCCGAGGUCCUGGGCAUCAACCUGGGACCGAUUCAACCGGAUUUGCCCCAUCACAUUGCAAAUUCCUGUUUGACCAUGGAUCCCGUGAAGCAGCUGAGAGAUGUAUUCGAGAGAGCCGGCCUUGGGUACCGCCGUGUUGACGGCGGUGCGCAUCCAAAAUCAACUGACGGCUGCUCCCACACAAACCUGAAGCCCAGCGCGUGGCUUGAACUUCAGGACGUCGACGGUAUGGUUCACUGCGACGACGGCACGCUGCCACCUGACCUGCCGGUGCUCGUCUUCACCAACCUCAUGGUAGAAGCCUUGAAAUUCAGGACGAAGUCGCACGCGGCCGUCUUCGGGGGGCAGUACCUGGCUGAGUGCAGGUUUGUCAAUAUCGGGACGUGGCCAAAAGAUACAUAG